UGUUGUCACUAUUAAUUUUCCCUUCGGAGUGUUCGGUCGUGGCUUUGCGCGUCGCGCAUCAUUUCAAGAAAAAAAAAUAUUUUAUUUCACAAAACAAAUGAAUCUUUUAAUGUUUUGCAAUAGAAUAAUCUUUACAUGCAAGAGUUAGAAAAGGAGAAAAAUCGUGAGAAAGGAAUUCAAACAUUUCCCUAAUUUGCAUUAAUAAAAAGAAAAAUAAAUAACUAUACGAAUUGUGAGAGUGAAAAAGAAAACGCAGAGAAUAAUAACAAAGAAGAAAUUAAAAAAAUAAACCUGACAAAUUGCAUGGAUGGCACUGUACGCUUGAGGAGAAAAUCGAAAUUGUGUGACUUCAUUCCAUGUUGGAAAUUAAACAAGAAAUAUGAAAAAAUAAAUGAUUGUCUUAAUCAACAAUGCAUUUGUGAAAAGAAAGAAACACCAACAGAGAUGUGUCAGAAAUGCAGCUCAUAAAUUAUUUAUAAAAAAAAAGAGAAGUGAAACAGAAAUUGGGUUGAUGCCAUUGGGAACCAUAGAAAGAAAAAAGCAAUACGUUUUCAAUAUAAAAGUGAAAUUUGUACCUCCGUUGCUUGAUUUUGUUAAUUAUUAGAAGUAGAAAAAAUAAAAAUGACUGCCAGCAGUGUAGAAUUGUUCGCGUGUCGGGUGCAGGCAAUGGGUCUGCCGCACACAACUUCAUCGGCGACAACAGCUUCUACAGCAAGUUUGCAAACUGCACCGAGGCGUCCGCCCUUGGAGAGAAUUCGUGGGGUCAGUCGUAACCUUUUCGGUUCGCCACAGCCGGGGGAAGUCAACAGCUUGUUUCAGAAGGAGACUAAACGCUGCCAAUCCUACGUCAUGCAACGUUACAAUAUCGAUAUUGACGCCCUAAGAUCACAGGAUAUACCCACAAAUGUAAGCAGCGUUGUUGUUGAUUCUGUCCCCAGCCAACGGCCAACGCACUCGCUGCCCACACUGAUUGACAAUGAAAUGAAGGAGCAUAAAAAGCGUUUGCAAGAGGAAGAGUGCAAUUUGAAAAGAGCUAACUGUGAGAAGGUUAAAUCAAACGUAAAAUGCAUUAAUGAGACAGCGAACUCCAUUUCUGGAGCUUGUAAAACCGUGCAAACGUCAAUAUCAAGCUCGGAACGUCCAAAGCCCUACGCCAGGCAACAGUUGCUAACAGAAAGCUUCAACUUACGCAAAAACAAAUCCUACUCGCCAUCGAUAAUGUCCCUAUCAGCAUCACAACAGUCAACUGCAGUGACAUCACCAUUGUUAACAUCCUCACUGAUGUCGCCUUUCUCGGAUGACACCACUAAGUCAUUUAAUCUAUUAGAAAAUACUCAUUUUAAAUCGGAAGUAUUACAUAUGCCACAAGCCGCGCAAGACAAUUCACUAGAGGGCAAACCGAACGAAACAACCUCGCGAGCAAAGGGCAGUACUGAAGAGAACAUAUCUACUGAACAAAACAAGCCAAAUGCCAGCUCUCAUUUCAAAAGCCAGAGACAGCGAGCCACUGACACUACGUUGUCGUUGAAGUUAGUGGUAACCACGACCUCCUCUACGCCACAAGACCACAAGCACCAGGCGUAAAGUUGAUUUGAGUUAAUGCUAAAAAUAAACUUUUACAAAAAGUAUGUUUAUUUGAAAAAUAAGGAAAAUUUUCGAAUUUUCACAUUUGAAUUGGACUUUCAAAUGAUCUCAUUUAUAUACGGAAAGAAAAACAAAAUAAAUAAGUUUAAUAAAUAUAAAUAUUAUAAUGAAUUUAAUAUCUAAAUAUAUCAAAUCAGACUUAAGCAGAACAAACACAAACAGAAACAACACUAACGAAGCAUCUACACCACAGAAACGUAAAACUAUUUGAUUUCAAGAUACAAUUAUCGAAACGAAAAAUUAUAAAAGUUACAUAAACAUAUUCUUAGAACUAUUUUAAAUUAUUUAUUUUAACCUACUCCUUCCCCAUUGAAAACGAAAGUUCAAACCGAAAGCGAAGCAUGUUUCAUUUUAUUAUCUCAGAACAAUGAAUACUUUAGUGUUGAUUUUUUAAAUAUCCCAUUAUUUGGUUGUCUCUCAUGUCCUUUUCUUUCCACUUUCUAUUAUUUAUGAUAAUUUGUUUUUAACUAUUUUUAAUUUGAUUUUAAUAAACCACAACACAAGAACGAAAACUGUGCAAAUUUAACUUUACCAUGCAAAACCGCCUCAGAAGAAGGAAAUAAAAGUAACUGUAAAAAU